AUGGAGUGCAGUGUCAUUAUUGAGUGCAGUGUCAUUAUUGAGUGCAGUGUCAUUAUUGAGUGCAGUGUCAUUAUUGAGUGCAGUGUCAUUAUUGAGUGCAGUGUCAUUAUUGAGUGCAAUGUCAUUAUUGAGUGCAGUGUCAUUAUUGACUUAUACCUCCCUUUUCUCCCGCUGCCCCUCACCCCACUCACCUCCUCUUCCGCCCAUCCUGAACCUUCCUCUCGCACUCCUAUCAGCACGGCAGCACAGCUCGUUUCAUUGCAGCCAAGUCCUCAAGGACCUCAUUGGUCACAAUUGGAGUUUCAAGGCGGUGCCCCCCCUCACUUCCGACUUACCACUGCCUGCCCUCCACAUCCUCCCUGCGCCCACACCACACUCAACCCCUUGUAUCCCUCCCCUCCAGACCCCCCUGUGCUGGCAGCACGGCAGCUUGGCGCGCCUCUCGAGGCGGAGUGCACGGGCAUCGACCCCCCAAUCGACCUGCAACUCUUGGCGCGCUUCCUCGAGGCGGAGUGCACGGCCAUCGACCCGCCAUUCGACCUGCAACUGGCUGUGCUGCUCCCCACCCCAUGCACCCACCCUGCCCUCAUGCAUGCCCUCCUGCGCCCCUCCUUGGGCUCCCCUUCCCUGCUCGCAAGGCCGCUUCCUCAAGGCCGACACGGCAGCUCAGCGCGCUUCCUCGAGGCGGAAUGCAUUGCCAUCGACCCCGCCUCCAAGACCCUCUCCUGCCGCGCCCCUGCCGCCCUGCCCCCUCCGCUGCCCGUGCGGACUGUUGCAAAGGUUGGAGGCCAGGAGGAGGGUGAGAGGGAGAUGACACGAGGAGCUCAAGGAAAAGGUGGUGGCGCUUCUGGUGACGAUAGUGGUGCUGCUGCCGGGGGUGGUGAUUCUGCUGCUCCGAAUGGUGGUGCUGCUGCUGGGAGUGGUAGUGAUGCUGCUGCUGGAAACGUAGCUGUUGCUGGGGGUAAUGCGGGAGGAGGUGGCAGCGAGAGUGGUGGCGGGUGUGGCGGUGCCAGGGAGGGCGGGUAUGGGGGUGGCAGGGAGGGCGGGUAUGGGGGUGGCAGGGAGGUGCGGUUCACAGUGCCGUACGACAUGCUGGUGGUGGCCGUGGGGGCGGUCCCCAACACAUUUAACGUGCCGGGCGUGCAGCAGCACAGCCACUUCCUCAAGGUGAGCUUCGAUCACAACGCCCUGGGCACUGGGUGA